AUAUUCAUACGUGUCUUCAUCUUCCACGAUUCUCGUAGUAUUCCAUCUCACAACCACCGCAGUAAUCGCAUAUGGCUGACAUGGGAGGCGCCGCCGGCCAGUACCCCGAUUUUCCGGCGGUGGCGACGCACGGCGGCCAGUUUAUCCAGUACGACAUCUUCGGCAACACUUUCGAGGUCACCGCCAAGUAUCGCCCCCCGAUCAUGCCGAUUGGCCGCGGAGCUUACGGCAUAGUCUGCUCGGUGAGGAACUCGGAGACGAACGAGAUGGUGGCGGUGAAGAAGAUCGCGAAUGCCUUCGACAACUAUAUGGAUGCCAAGAGGACUCUCAGAGAGAUCAAGCUUCUUCGUCACUUGGAUCACGAAAAUGUUAUUGCUAUAACUGAUGUGAUUCCUCCUCCAAUAAGGAGGGAAUUCAGCGAUGUUUAUAUAGCAAUGGAGGUCAUGGAUACCGAUCUUCACCAAAUAAUCCGAUCGAAUCAGGGGCUAUCGGAGGAGCACUGUCAGUACUUCUUGUAUCAGCUUCUGAGAGGCCUGAAAUACAUACAUUCAGCUGGUGUGAUACAUAGAGAUUUGAAGCCUAGCAAUCUGUUGCUCAAUGCUAACUGUGACCUCAAGAUAUGCGACUUUGGGCUGGCGCGGACUAGCACUGAGAACGACUUCAUGACAGAGUAUGUUGUGACGAGAUGGUACAGGGCGCCCGAGCUGCUGCUCAAUUCCUCUGAGUACACUGCUGCCAUUGAUGUUUGGUCAGUUGGUUGCAUCUUCAUGGAGCUUGUCAACAAGAAGCCGUUGUUUGCUGGGAAAGAUCAUGUGCAUCAAAUGCACUUGUUGAUUGAGCUUCUAGGCACACCUACUGAUUCUGACCUUAAUUUCACAAGAAACGAGGAUGCAAGAAGGUACAUCCGACAGCUUCCACGCCACUCCCGUCAGGACUUAGCUAAGGUUUUCCCACAUGUCAAUCCUCUGGCUAUUGAUCUUGUUAACAAGAUGCUGACAAUAAAUCCAACAAAUAGAAUCACAGUGGAAGAAGCCUUGGAACAUCCAUACCUUGCAAAGCUACAUGAUAUAGCCGAUGAACCGGUUUGCUCCACACCAUUUGCCUUCGAUUUGGAGCACCAAAUGCUGACAGAGGAGCAGAUGAAGGACAUGAUCUACAAGGAGGCUUUGGAACUGAAUCCUACCUAUGCCUGAUGACGCUACCCUCGCGAGUGAUGAUUUUGAAUUAUUUGGACUCAGAUAGCACAGGAAGACAUUAAAUAACUCUGCUUCGACUUCAACUCCGCCCGUUCCACUUUUUCGUUGGGCAAGGCCAACCAUGAAUGUGCCAAGUUACAUCACUUAUCUCUUAUGUUUUCUGUAGACUGUAUUCUGUAUUGAGAGCUUGAGUUGAGUUUUUUUUUUUUUUUUUCAUUUUUCUUUAAUACAUUAAUAUUAUUUUUAUGUACAGUCUGCAUGUAAUCGAGACAUGUAACUACUAUUUGUGAGAGUUGUUAACAUUAAUCAAUGCUCUUUCAUAUAUUAACUAUAUGAAUCUGUUCUGAUCUUUA